AUGAAUGCAGGAUGCCACAUGGACAUUAUAAACCACAUCCAAGCCAUCCAACAAAACUGGUUCAUCCACCCCUCCACCUCUGAAGAACCCAUCCUCCCCGCCUCCCUCCUCGCCGGCGUACCCAUCAACUGCCUCCCGGCCCCAAUUAUCCAAGCCAUCCACGAACUCUCCACCCUAACAAUCGGCCAACGAGACCGAGCGCACAACCUCCUAAGCACCUACUUCCAAGCGCGCAUCCGCGAAGGCUCCUACAGCGGAAAAACGCAAAAGAUCUUUGCUAUUCUGGAAAUCAGCGAUGUGAAAAAGGCAUGUGAGAGUUUACGAAGAAUGAGCCGAGGGAGGGAAAUGCAGGGGCCCGUCCCGAUCAAAGAAGAUGAAACGAGGAAGAGGAAGUACUCGAUUAGACAGGAGAUGAAUGUUGUUGCUGAGGAGGAGGAAGACGAAGGCGCACAAAGACUGGCGAAACGGUUGAAAGAAGAACUAUGCGUCAUCUCCGAAGACGACAGCACCACCAACAACAACAACGAGCCCAGCACGCCAAUCUGUCUCAACUUCGACGAUAUACCCACGCCUCCGGAUUCACAAGCAACGAUAACAGCCACACUUUCUUCUACAACUACCACACCACAGACGCAGCGCCGCUCCCGCCCUCCUCCGAUUGUCAUUGCUGAUAUUCCCACUCCUACAGCUACAUCCCCUGGCAUCGUCCCACCGUUUUCUUCUUUCACUCCCCUAUUCAAUAGCUUAGCCCAGGAGUUUGGCGGAGAUCCAGAUACGCCUUGUCCGAUACGAACGAAUACGUACCAACCCUCACAACCAGAUCUCCUAAACAUUGCGGAUAACAGCUACGGUAACGACAAACUCACCAGCGGCGAUAAUGCAAACGGCACUCUUUUUGAAUCAUACAUGCGCGAUACGUAUCCAGCGCCGAGGAUAGAUCCUCGUGUCCAGGCAGCGCAGAGAGCGACACAUGAGUUUAACGUCAGGAGGAUGGAGGUGAUUGAGGCGCAGAGAGUAUUUGAGGAGGCGAGGAGGAAGUUUGUAGAGGCGAAGCGGAGGAUGGAAAGCGUGAGGGGAGAGGCGGUGUGGCGGUGA